AUGGUUGCAUCCACAAAUAAUUCAACUGCUUCCUUAAACCAUAUUGCUAUUCUUGGUUAUGGAUUGAUGGGAAGUGGAAUCGCUCAGAUUUGUCUUCAAAAUGGAUAUAAGGUGUCCAUAUAUGGUCGUAAUCCAAAGAGAUUAGUGGAAUGCUCUGAACGUAUCCGUUGGGGAUUGGUGAAACAUGCUUCCAAAGCCAAUAAGUUAGAUAAAGAAGAAGUCAAUUCUGUUGUCGAUCAGCAGAUGUCAUGUUUAUCAUAUAAUACGGUAAUAUCGAAGGUUGUACAGAAUGCUGAUAUGGUCAUCGAAGCAGUUGCAGAAGAUUUGCAAUUGAAGCGAAAAAUUUUUGAAGAAGUUCAAGAAUACUGUCCAUCGAAUGCUUUACUCAUCACUAACACAUCAUCUAUUCGUCUGAUGGAUAUUGUUGAAUGUAUUGAGAAUCCAGCUCAUUUUGCUGGACUUCAUUUCUUCAAUCCUGUUCCUCUGAUUAAGCUUGUUGAAGUAGUGAGCACAUCACUGACUUCUGAUGAAACGAAGCAAGUUUUAAUUGAAUUCUGUAGAACAAUUGAUAAAACAUCAAUUGCUUGUAAGGAUACCCCUGGAUUCAUAGUCAACCGUUUGUUAAUUCCAUACUUGAUAGAGAGUAUCCGAAUGGUUGAACGUGGAGAUGCAACCAUGGAAGAUAUUGAUGCCGGCAUGAGAUGCGGAACAAACUACCCGAUGGGGCCAUUAGAACUUUGCGAUUAUGUCGGACUAGACACACUUCAAAAUGUCAUGAAAGUCUGGAGAGAAUCUAUGCCGAACGAUAGCCGCUUUGAACCAUGCGCUUUACUUGAUUCAUUAGUUGAACAAGGAAAGCUGGGUCGAAAAACCAAACAAGGAUUCUAUUCUUAUUAG